AUGGUAACUGUUCCAACGAAUUGUCCCGAAGGUCAACAACUUGUUAAUGGAGUAUGUCGUGACAUUUGGCAAUUUCAUCCUAUUGAUCAGCAUAUCAAGGACAACGCUCCACUUAACAUGAUAACAGUACCACAAAACUGUCCCCCCGGGCAAGAGCUGGUCAAUGGGGUUUGUCGCGAAAUUUGGAGGAAUUUGCCUACAAGUCCGCUUCCACCAAUAGCUGAAGAAACCAAUUUUUUCGAAGAACUUAUUAAAAGAUUCCAAUAUACCAUGUAUGAACGUGAAAAACGUCAAGUGGACUUCGUUGCAGAAGAAAUGCUUGCGUUACUUGACAAAGUGAACACAGAUAGAAAUAUUAUAAGCGUUCCAAAUCAAUGUCCUAUUGGCUACAAACCUGAUAUACUCGGAAUCUGUCGGCCAAUUUUUGAU